AUGGACGCUACGCACGAUUGCAGUCGUAAUCCAUGUCUCCAGUUGAUAAUCAUUGCAGUUGAGGUGAUAGAGUUACAUGGGCCCAUACAAAUCUCCAUCUUUUUCCGACAAUGCUGGCCGCCAUUGAGCGCUUUGUCGGGAGGAAAGAGAGAAUGUGGCAUGACUUCGUCCGACAAGCUGUUGAGCCUAUUGAUCGAGGCAUGUUUUGCUCUUGGUGGUGGAGAGGUCAAGGGAGAUGGAGGUUCAGUUUGUAGAGAUGAGAAGACUGUUGUUGGUGGAGAGGCCAAGGGAGAUGGAGGUUCGGUUGGUGGAGAUGUGAAAGGUGCUGUUGGUGGAGAGGUCAAGGGAGAGGGAGGUUCUGUUGCUGGAGAUGAGAAGAGUGUUGUUGGUGGAGAGUCCAAUGGAAUGGAGGUUCUGUUACUGGAGAUGAGAAGGGUGUUGUUGGUGGAGAGGCCAAGUGAGAUGGAGGUUCUGUUGGUGGAGAUGAGAAGGAAGAGCUGA